UGUGACAGUACACGGGCUGGUGUUAAUGGCGCCUAACGUUCACUGAGAGUUGAAACUGCCGAAUAAAAAUGAAGCAGGAGUACCAGGAUCUGAUCCUAGAAGCCACUUCAGCUGCCAGCCUGCAGAUCGGUGGUAAAAUCCAGACCCUGUGGAGCGGUUACGGUCAGAUCGUGCGGGUUCACCUGCAGGGCGGCGAGCGCGAGUCUGUCGUGGUUAAACACGUCGAAUUUCCGAAGGACUGCAGCGACACCGACCUUUCACAUCAGCGCAAAGUUCGGUCCUACCAGGUGGAAACGCACUGGUACCAGAACUACAGCACUAACGAACACUGCCGUAUCCCAGAAUGCCUGGCGGCGCGGUCCUUCGGCGACGAGCAGCUGAUGGUUCUGGAGGAUCUGGACGCCGCCGGAUUCCCGGGCAGAAGGACGAGCGUACGGGAGGCCGAGAUCAAAGCCUGUCUGCGCUGGCUGGCCAACUUCCACGGCCUCUUCCUGGGCAGCCCGGCGCGAGCUCUGUGGCCCGUGGGUACGUACUGGCACUUACAGACGCGGCCCGAUGAGCUGGAGGCCAUGGCGGAUCGAAAACUGAGAGCGGCCGCGCCGGAGAUCGACGCCGUACUGAACCGGUGCCAGUUUAAAACCGUCGUACACGGAGACGCCAAGUUAGCCAACUUCUGCUUCUCUGAGGAUGGCACACGCGUGGCAGCGGUGGAUUUCCAGUACGUAGGUGGCGGCUGCGGUAUGAAGGACGUGAUCUAUUUCCUGGGGAGCUGUCUGGACGAGAGGGAGUGUGAGAAACGUGCUGACCGGUACUUAGACUUUUAUUUUUCAGAGCUGAGAGGGGCGCUGAAGGAGCGGGUGAACUUCAGCGAGCUGGAGAACGAGUGGAGAGAGCUUUAUUCCUUCGCCUGGACCGACUUCCACCGCUUUCUGCUCGGCUGGAUGCCCGGGCAUCACAAAAUCAAUCGAUAUAGCAGGAGGCUCACACAGGAGGUGCUCCAGAAACUCAGACAGAGAUCAGACGGAGCGAAACGUUGAUGAAAGAACUCACAUCACUGUUCUGUAUCACUAACAGGAGGACAAACUGAAUAAAUGUCACACUGUAGUAAAAGUUUGUGAACCUUUCAGAGCAUUAAAGUCUCGCUGGGUGAAAGUUGGGUUAGUGUUUUAUUGUUGUUAUUAUAAAUAAAGUCUUUCUGAACCUGGACAACUGCUCACUGUUGUAAAAGCCAUGAAUUCUGCUCUCCACCACAAAAUCCUGAGGGACAAGAUCUGCUCAUCAGUGUAUGAUCUGGGUUUUCUACAAGGACAAAGAUCCAAAGCACCAGAACCAAGAUCACCAUUAAAUGGCUCAGACGAAGGUUUCAGAUCGGCCUAGUGGAAGUCCUGACUGAACCCUAAACUGAGAGUUCAUGUCUGAAAGUCCAUGAUGGAAGAUUUUCUUCUCUAAAUAAAUUUAAUGAUCAGAGAACAA